AUGGCAACAACAGAUAACAUUGUUGGGCGACAUACAUUCAACGCACAUGAUCUGAAGAUUACAUCAGUGAUAGUCUAUUUGGAUCGGGCUGAAGUGAAACGUAGCCUGAAGGCAUCACUGGCAGCUGGCGUCAGUGAAGUGAUCGUUGAGGUACAAGAGUUAAGAAAUAGUUUGAAAAAACUGGAAGAGAAGCAGAAAAACAUGCAGGAUCAAAAAAAGAUUGCUGAAAAAAGCAUCUCUGUGCUGGAUAGCAUUAUUGAAAAGAGUGGCAAAGCGAUGGUCAAAUGUGAGGACGGUGCAAGUGGACAUUCAGUGGCCAUUGGUGAAAUACUUGAAAAUAUAUCAAAAUUGGUCAGCUAUCAUGAGCAAGGACAUGCCGUAGCACUGACAAAGAUACGCCAGCUGGAUGAGGAUUUGCGCCAACUCGAUGAGGAAAUCAGGAAAACUGAGGAACAAAUUAAUCAAACGCAGCACCACAAAACACAUGUCAGAAGCAUCUGCUUGCUUCUUGAGAGCAACAGUGGUGGCGAUGUUGAACUGGAUGUAAGCUAUCAAGUGCCUUCCGCUUCCUGGCGCCCUUCUUACGAGAUACGUGUGCAGAGCGCAACAAAUACCUUGAAGCUCUCAUAUUUUGGUCAAAUUCAACAAAACACUGGAGAAGAUUGGCUGGAUACAUCGCUAAUAUUGAGCACUGCACGACCAUCAUUUGGUGCUACAACGCCUCGCUUGGGCACAUUAAAUGCCGAAUUCUAUAAGCCACCUCCUCCUAGACCAAAGUACCAUUAUCCGUUGGGUGCAGCGGGCUUUACUCAAGCAAGAAGGUAUGAGCAAUUCACAGCUUGCGAAUCGUAA